CCUCUCUCUCUGCCUUUCUUCCUCGGCUUCUGUGUUCGUUCACUUCACGGAUAGGCGGAUAGCCCAAAAAGUAUAGUUAUCAUAAGUUCCUCUCAAUUCCUCUAUAUACAUUGACUGCAACUACUCUCUUCUUCUUUCUUUUGCUCACACGAAAGGCAGUUGCUAAAGUCCUUCUGCACAUAAAACUGACUGAGGGAAGAGCAGAUAAGAAUAAAAAGAGGCAUGAAUGGUUCUGCAAGUUUUGAGGUAGAGGACUCUGAGUUCGUGGAAAUUGAUCCAACUGGAAGAUAUGGAAGAUAUAACGAAAUUCUGGGCAAAGGGGCUUCAAAGACAGUUUACAGAGCAUUCGAUGAGUAUGAAGGGAUAGAAGUAGCAUGGAAUCAAGUGAAGCUCUACGAUUUUCUGCAGAAUCCUGAAGAUCUCGAGAGGUUAUACUGUGAAAUUCAUCUUCUCAAGACAUUGAAACACAAAAACAUCAUGAAGUUCUAUACUUCCUGGGUUGAUACUACUAAUAGGCAUAUUAACUUCGUCACUGAGAUGUUCACCUCUGGCACUCUCAGACAGUACAGGUUAAAACACAAAAGAGUUAAUAUAAGAGCUGUGAAGCAUUGGUGCAGACAGAUUUUGGAAGGGCUUCUUUAUCUUCACAGUCAUGAUCCUCCUGUGAUCCACAGAGACCUCAAAUGUGACAACAUUUUCAUCAAUGGCAAUCAAGGGGAAGUUAAAAUUGGUGAUCUUGGCCUUGCCGCAAUUCUCCGCAAAUCUAACGCUGCUCGUUGCGUUGGCACACCAGAGUUUAUGGCUCCGGAAGUGUAUGAAGAGGAUUAUAAUGAAUUAGUCGAUAUAUACUCUUUUGGAAUGUGCAUCUUGGAGAUGGUGACAUUUGAAUAUCCUUAUAGUGAAUGCACCCAUCCUGCUCAAAUUUACAAGAAAGUCGUCUCUGGAAAGAAACCGGAGGCUCUCUACAAAGUAAAGGAUCCUGAGGUUAGACAAUUUGUGGAGAAAUGCUUAGCAACCGUGUCCCUUAGGCUUUCUGCUAAAGAACUUCUGAAAGACCCUUUUCUCCAAAUUGAUGAUUACGGGUCUGAGAUGAAAGCACUUCGAUAUCAAGGAGAUUGCUAUGAAGCAACCCCUUUAUUUAGACUGCCUAUUAAUGGAAUUCACAGCAGUAACAACUCAAUCCACGAGUACACUGAUUAUCUCAGUGGUUAUGGUCCAGAAUCUGAGCUAACGAGCGAAAUUGAUCUCUUUGAAUGUGAAGAGGAUGAUAAUUUGGCUGAAGUUGAUACUGCAAUCAAAGGCAAGAGAAGAGAAGAUGAUGGCGUUUUUCUGAGACUUAGAAUAGCAGAUAAGGAAGGUCGAAUUCGAAACAUCUACUUCCCAUUCGACAUAGAGACUGAUACAGCAUUGAGUGUAGCAAAUGAAAUGGUCGCUGAGCUGGACAUAACUGACCAAGAUGUAACAAAAAUAGCAGACAUGAUAGACAAUGAAAUAGCAAACUUGGUCCCGGAGUGGAAAACUGGACCCAGAACCCAGGAAAGUCCAGAAUGUACAAGUGAAAGUCUCUGCUUCUAUUGUGCUUCACGUGGCACCUUCUUUGAUUAUGUAUCAUCAAACAGCCCAUCAGCUAAGAAGCUACAAUUUCUUCAUUGUCCCAGAGACGGCUGUGCAGCCGUUCAUGGCCGUUUCGAGGAGAUCACAUACCAAGUUGAAGGGUCUGAAAAUUAUACUACAGAUGGUCCUCCGGCUGCUUCUAGUCAAUCUACUGGUAUUCACUAUACUGAUAUCUGGGCUCAGCGAGAUGAGCCGGAACCAGCAACUUCAGAGGAGUUAAGAGACAUACAUUGUGACAAAUCACAUGAAGCAUCAAACCAAUCAAAAAUUGAAGAGGAUGAGAGAAGUGCUAUUGGGGAUGAUCAAAGUAAUCCCAACUCAAAAGACACAUUUUCUAAUCAAGAACUAGAUUGUGUUUUCCUGGACUAUGAGAAUGAAAUUAGGCAAGAACUAAGAUGGCUCAAAGCAAAGUACCAAAUGCAGUUAAGGGAGCUUAGAGAUCAGCAAUUAGUUGGAACACCAAAACUCGCAAGCGUAUCUCCCGACCCUGAAGAAUCAGAAGAGCAUAGGAAAUGUGUUGGGGUCACAAAGCUACCAGUUACAACUCACUUGAAGAUAAGGAACAAUAAACCGGUCUUGAGGCUUUUAACGACCAGAAAGCUAUUUCCUGCUGAAGCAGAGAAUAACAAGUGUUCAGCUAUGGCUAACAUGGUGCAAGAUGUAGAUAAGACUGGCGGAUCUAAUAGUCCUGAGCAGAUGGUCACAGCCAACGAUUUCUAUGCAGGAGCUUUGCUUCCACACUCGCUUCAUAGAGCGACCUCUCUUCCAGUUGAUGCCAUAGAUGCAUAGAUACUGCUAAAAGUUCAUGCAUUUCUCUGUAAAAGUUGAUUCCAUAGCAACUAUAUCAAAGAAGCUGCCUGUUUGAGGGGAAAACCAGAGGUAAUGGAAGAUACUGAGAGGAGAAUAGAUGUAAUUCAAUGAGUGUAGGCCCCAUUUUAUGUGAAUGAAAGUCAGACAUACACCGUUCAGAGAUUAACAAAAUCGUGCUAGUCUGAGAAAAUUUUCCUUCGUGUAGCUCCGUCCCCUAAGAAGUGGUGCCAAAUAAUGCACUAAUCCACAGAUAAUGAUAUAAUAAUACUGUUGAUGAGAUGUUUUAUUUGAUAUGUGAAAUCAACAUCUAGCUUCCUGAGGACUUGAUUCUCUGAAAUUGUAGAGAAAUUUAUGUUGCAUUUCAAAGAAAUAUGGGAUUCAACAUUUAAUCAUUUGACUUCAUUAAUUCUUGCAAGUGGACUAUUUUGUAUAUUGCCUUUUCUCUCUAAUUUACUGUACAAUUUCAUAUUUCUAA